UAUUUGUAUAAUUGCAGCAGGUCCGUGGCCAGGAAACGUGCUCUCUGAUCUCUCUCUCUUCCUCAUCCAAACCCUAAAAUUAUCAGAUCACUUUUGCAUCACUCCUCACUUUUCCUAUCCAGCCGUUGCAUAAUCCAACAAUUUCUUCUUCUCGAUCUGCGAUUUCCAAAGAAAUCCCACCGCCCCUCCUCUCGUUUCUUCUGUGCAAUCCAACUUGGAUGAAUCCGAACUCGUGAAUCUAAUCUAAUCUGAUCGCGUUUUCACUUCCUAUUCCUAUUGUACAUGCCUCACUUCACUCUGUCUCUCUAAUCCCUUCCCUUCAUUCGUUCUCUUUACAAACUUCAACCAAGUUUUGGCUUAUUGCGUCUUUCUUCUCAAUCUGAAAUCUUUCUUUUUCUUCAAAAUAAAAUCUGAGUUUUCUUUUCUGCGUUUCGCUUACAUCUAUUUGGGUGUUCCAAUAUAUAGAAAUAAGACAAGAAAACAGUUUUUGGAUUUGAGAAUUGGGCAUCUGAGAACUGUUAUUGUUUUGUUAGAGUGAACUGUGGGGUGAGACUGAAUUGAAAAAUGGUUGGAGGUGGAAACAGGAAGGACGAUUCAUUGGUUUUGAACAGCACUAACGUUUUUGCCGCUCUGGGAACCUUGAGAAAGAAGAAGAAAUCCGACAAAGAGCAGGGUUCAUCCAAGGGAGGAAAGGGUUCUGAUAAGAGGCAAGGAGAGAAAGAGCCUGAGCCGCAGGUUUUCUGGAACCCUACACCAUUAACAGUUAAAUCAUGGGCUGAUGUCGAAGAUGAGGACGAUGAUGAUUACUAUGCCACCACAGCUCCUAUCCAAGCUGUUUGGGCUGCUGAGGUUGAUAAUCCAAAACAGGAGGAUAUCCCAGCUCUUGCAGAGGAAAGUGAGAGCGAAGAAGAUGAUCUAGAUGAAGUUGACGAUGAGAAUGAGGAAGACCACGAGCACAAACCUGACGAUGAGAAUGAGGAGUCAGUUGUUGUGAAGGUUGCAGAAAUUCCUCAGCCACUGAAGGAUCCAGAGAGACAGCUUUCAAAGAAGGAGCUAAAGAAGAAAGAGCUUGCUGAGCUUGAUGCUGUUCUUGCUGAAUUGGGAUUAACCAAGUCUGAGGCUAGUGUGAAAGAUGAUUCUCUUGGUGGUGGGACAGAAGAGAAAAAGAUAGAGAACACAAAUGGUGGCGAGUCAGAGAAGAGUGCUGCUGUGGAGAGCAAAACUGGAAAAAAGAAGAAAAAGAAGGACAAGGUGGUGAAGGAGGUGGUUGUUGUUAAGGAAACAGAUAAAACUGAAACGAAAGAAGCAGCUGCUACUGAGAAGGUGGAAGACUUAAGUGCAGUCGAUAUGAAGGAGAAACUAAAGAAGGUGGCUUUGCUUAAGAAGAAGAAAUCGACCAAGGAAAUGGAUGGGGCUGCUAGAGCAGCUGCCAGUGAGGCUGCAGCCAGGACUGCAAGGCUUGCGGCUGCAAAGAAGAAGGAGAAAACGCAUUACAAUCAGCAACCUGUUCGGUAAAUGGUUUUGUUAUCUUGCAUUAUUGGUGUGAAUGGUUGGUUUCUCUGGUUUAUUUGGCGAGUGGUAAUAAUAAUAAUAAGCAAUUAUUAAACCAAUCAGGAUUUUCUUGUUUCAUUUCUUGGAUGAUAUAAUUUUAUUUUUGUGGAAUUUUACUUUUUUUACUAGAAAACAGGUGAGAAAAAGAAAGAGAUAGGGUUUUACUUGCUUUUUCUUUGUUUGACUAAGACAAUUUUUCUCAUAGAAUUUUUAUGGAUAUCAUUUUGAUUA